UUCUUCGAGGCCGUGAUGGGGGGUCUCACCGUCCUGAGCAUCAACACCAUCAUCUACUCCGUUUUCCACAGUCCCGCCGCCGAGGUGCCUCCGGAGGACCCCUUCCACCAGUUCGCCUGGCUGCGCUCUCGCCUCCAGGCCGCGGCCGAGCAGAACCGCACGGUCUGGAUCGUGGGGCACGUUCCCCCGGGCAUAGAGACGUUCGGCUACUCCGAGCUGUGGAGGCCGUCCUACGUGGAGAGGUACCUCGGCAUCGUCCAGGAUCCCGUGCUCGGGCCACGGGUGGCGGCGCAGCUCUUCGGGCACGUGCACAAGGAGGAGCUCCGGGUCCUGCCCAAUGCGCCCGUUGGAGCGGGCCCUAUCAUUCUCUCUGGGUCCAUCAGCCCCAUCUUUAUGAACAACCCCUCGCUCCGCUUCGUCGAGUACGACCCAGUGACCCAGAGGCCCGUGAGGUAUCAGGAGCUCUUCACAGAGAUGCCCGAGGGCUCCCAGAGUCCAGAGUGGCGCUUCGGCUACGACCUCCUCGACGCCUACGGUGUGCUGAAGAAGGGGGUGGAUGAUGCUGGCGCUCUGCUUCACAGCCACGUCGAGUCGCUGGCGGACAGGCUGGAGGACGGCCUGGGUGACUGGGAUGCCUACGCCAGCUGGUACGCGACACAAGUCCAGAACGUCGGCCCGCUGGACCUCAUGGCGUGCAGCAGCACGGGCAAGGCGCUGAAUCGCACUGCGCGGCUCGCGUGCCGCAAGCGGUACCGGUGUGCGAUGACGGUGUCGACCCAGGAGCAGUUCAACGCGUGCGCGGGGGCCUCCGCGUGGCUGCGCGAGGGCCAGCGGCUCUCGGCCCCGCUCCUGCGGCAGGGGCAGGGCCCCUACUACCGCGUGCAGCGCGAGCAGUGGGCCGCGGAGCUCACCGGCGAGCGCGCGCGAGCGGAGCGGCAGAGGCAGGCGCUCGCCGGCGGCAGGUGGCGGGAGGUCGAGGCCUGGGCCUCGGGCAGCUCGGGCAGCAUCCUCGUCUGACGUCCCGAGGGCGAGGGAGGCCAGGUCCGCUCGCGAGUUUCGGCCAGGGGGGGUGGGGGCAGCCGCGGCCGCAGCGUGGCAGGCGGCGGACAGCCACAGGGCCAGGGCAUCGUCACGCGCAGCGCCCUCGAGGGCUCUCGGUGCUCCUCGCAGGAGGAGAUCGAGCAGCUCUUGCCCUCCAGAGGAGGAGGAGGAGGGGGAGAAUGAGAUCCCGAGAGUUUCAGCCUCCGUCACAGCAUCUCGUGGAGGCUCCCGCACGGCUCGGCCGCCCGAGGCGCGACGGGUCCUGACAGCCGCGUGUCUCGCAGUGCGCCCGCCUGCCCCGCACGGCAGCAUCUUUGCAGCCGCCGUCGAC